ACACCGGCGUAUGUCAAGUCACGUGACUCGGGUCAGAGGUAACUAGCUUUCCAAGGACGCAACAUGGCAUCGUCGUCAAAGAAGGUUUUCGAGGUGUUUGUGUCUAAAAUACCAUGGACCAUUGCAAGCAAGGAGAUGAAGGAGUACUUUGGGCAGUUCGGUCAAGUCAAGAAAUGCCUCCUUCCCUUUGACAAGGAGACGGGUUUCCACAGAGGCUUCUGCUGGAUCGGCUAUACGUCCGAGGAAGGCCUGCACAACGCUCUCCAGAAAGACCCACACAUGCUGGAGGGAGCCAAGCUUCAAGUUCAACGAAACAGGAAAGUGUUUGCGGGACACAAAACAAACAAAGAGGUUGUGGAGGAAAGCUGAAGGUGUGUGUUUGUAUGGUGUUUGUAUAUGUGAGGGGUUGAAUUAAAUACCUAUGGAAACAGAACUAGUCCAUCCAACAUUCAUUUGUUUGUUUUUCAUAGUAUGAUGUCUUCAUAUUUAUUGUAAUUUGUCAACAACAAAAAAAGAGACAUGAUUACUGUGUCUGUUUUGCAUGUCUACAAAAUGGAUGAAGGGAGAAGUGUGUUUCUUUUGGCAUCCCGUUAGUAACUGCAUAUUAAGACAGACGAGAUGAGGAUGCUGAUGGUAGGAUAUCUCUGUUAUUGUGCUUCUGUCAUGAUCGUUGAUGGCUCCGUUACACACAACCUCUGCAUCUGUCUGUAUUAAACGAUGAGUAGGACUAUCACUUUUCUCAAUUAAGUCAGGCAUCACACUUCACUAUCAGACAUUUCACAUAAUAAAAUAAUGACUGAUUUACAA